ACCGAUUCUUUUGCUUUCUAGCUCAAUUUUACACAAGAGUCAAGUGGUCUUUAUGGAAAGUGCAAAGCCGCCAACGCGUCUUCGUCCCUUUCCCAACCAUCCACCAUCCCCCCCAACAGAUUCGGAGAAGACACUAUUCGAUCCUAGACUCGCUUCUCCGAGGACCGAGUCGAGACAAGUGAGACAAGAUGAUUCAAUACCCCUAUUCCCCUUGAGUCUGGAUAUAUAAAACCCUCGAGCACUCUCCAGACUGAAAGUAC